CUAAGAUGUCAACCUUCGGGGAUAUCCUUCCCAGCUCAUUGCGUUGUACUCGGUGGAAGUGAUGUCAUUUAGUCUGGUGAAUCUCUGACGUGUCGCAAGGGAACCAUCUAGCUGUGUCUGUGGCGUCGCUACGCAGAAAAGUGAAAGAUGUUGGACUUUUUUACGAUUUUUAGUAAGGGAGGUAUCGUGUUAUGGUGCUUCCAAGGGGUGCCCGCCUCUUUUACCGGCCCAGUAAAUGCGCUGAUCCGCUCCGUCAUCCUCCAGGAGAGAGGAGGCAACAACUACUAUAACCAUGACUCCCUUACCCUUAAAUAUAAGCUUGAUAACCAGUUUGAACUGGUGUUUGUGGUUGGAUAUCAAAAGAUUUUAACCCUAACUUAUGUGGAUAAAUUGAUAGAUGAUGUUCAUAAAGUGUUCAGAGAUAAAUAUCGCAAUCAGAUACAACACAAUGGAACACUGGGGUUGCUUAAUGGGUCCUUUGAGUUUCAAGAUGAUUUUAACACUAUCCUUAGAGCGGCAGAGGAAAGCAGCAAAGCUCGGGCUCCUCCCGCCAUGAAAAGAUUUGAACAGUCCCUAAAGUCCCAGAAAACUGUAAAGUCCAUGAUCGAGAAGCCAGGAGACAAAGUGAAGGAGAAUAACAAGAAAAACAAGGCAUCCAAAAAAGAAUCACCAGCCUCUGAAGUUGUAACUUCUAGCAACAAAUUGUCUUCUGCACCCAAGCAGAGCAGCCCUGCUGCAGCUGGGGACAAGGAUGAACUGACAGCUGAGGAAAUCAUGCUGCGCAAACGGGAGGAGUUCUUUCGUAAACAGAUGAAAGGAGGGAACAAGGUUAACAAAUCCCCUAAACCAGAGGCUCAGAAAGAGAAGGGAAAGCAGCCCAGGGUUUGGGUACCUGGAGCCUCUAAUAAUAAAGAAUUGGAUUACAGCAAGGCUGCUCCCAAAGGGAGCUCAGAAGUACCAAUACCAAUUGAUGACCUUGCAACUCUGCAAUACAGCAGUGAAAGUAUGCAGGGGAAUCCUCCUGAUUUAGAGUGUGACAGUAGCAGUGAAGAAGAGGAAGAAGAGCUGCCAACAAUUAAAGCCAAAGCUGCUCCAGCUGCUACAAAAUCAAGUUCUAAGAAGAGCAGUUUUGGGGGAAUGUUUGGCAUGCUAAAGGGCCUAGUAGGUGCCAAAAGUUUAACAAUGGAAGACAUGGAACCUGUUUUGGAGAAGAUGAAAGAUCAUCUUAUUGCCAAGAAUGUUGCUGCUGACAUUGCUGUUCAGCUCUGUGAGUCGGUGGCUAAGAAAUUGGAAGGCAAAGUGAUGGGAACGUUCGAAACUGUGACAUCAUCUGUAAAACAAGCGUUGCAGGAAUCCCUUGUGCAGAUACUUCAGCCCAAACGCAGAGUGGAUAUCUUGCGUGAUGUGAUGGAGGCGCAACACCUACGUCGCCCAUACGUCAUCACUUUUUGUGGGGUCAAUGGUGUAGGAAAAUCUACCAACCUGGCCAAAAUCUCUUUUUGGUUAAUAGAAAAUGGAUUCAGUGUUUUGAUUGCUGCCUGUGACACAUUCCGUGCAGGGGCAGUGGAGCAAUUGCGUACUCAUACGCAACGUCUCAACUCCCGGCAUCCACCUGAGAAGCACAAAGGCUGUACUAUGGUUCAGCUUUAUGAGAAAGGCUAUGGCAAGGAUGCUGCUGGCAUUGCAAUGGAAGCCAUAUCAUACGCUAGAAACCAAGCGUUUGAUGUGGUAUUGGUGGAUACAGCUGGCCGCAUGCAAGACAACGCACCACUGAUGACUGCCCUGGCUAAGCUUAUUGCAGUGAAUGUACCUGACUUGGUGCUGUUUGUUGGGGAAGCUUUAGUUGGCAAUGAGGCAGUGGAUCAGCUGGUAAAGUUUAACAAGGCUCUGGCUGAUUAUUCUAUGGCAGAUAAGCCACGUCUCAUUGAUGGCAUUGUACUCACCAAGUUUGACACCAUUGAUGACAAGGUUGGUGCUGCCAUCUCCAUGACUUACAUCACUGGUCAGCCUAUUGUGUUUGUGGGAACAGGACAGACCUACUGUGAUCUUCGCCUUCUGAAUGCCAAGGCAGUGGUGGCUGCACUGAUGAAAGCCUAAUGAUGUUUGGUCUCUGCUCUUGCUGGGUGUUUAACCCACAAACUGCUGCUGAGGUCCCCAUUCGAUCUUGUCCUUGCUUCCCUUGUACUAUGAUAGAUAAAACUUUACCAGAAGGCAUUAGUGUAUGGUUUUGCUUUGAUCGAACAGGCAUUUGCUAUUGCAAAACAGCUUCCAGUUUCCUGAACUGCUUUAAAUGUGCCCUAGUUGGACUAUUUACCUUUUCACCAGGAAAUUCAGUCUUCUGUAAAAGAUUGCUUCUCAGUGUUAUUCUUUCAUACCUAUACAUUUUUAUGCUGCUUAUAGCAUCUUAUGUAAAAUUAUGAUUCCUUUCCUAGUCCACAAUCUGAUACAAUGCACAAAGCUGCCGUGCAGUCCUUGAGUCACAAACACAUCAAUAGACCGAAAGCCUGGUGUAAGCGGCAGAACUCCCAUUACUCCCAAUGCAUUAUUGCAUUCUAAUGGUUUCAGGAUGUGCUGUCUCAUUAGCAGUGUUAGCCUACGCCAGUCAGCCAAUGACAAUGCGCCCUAAUAUAGACACACAAUUUUUGCUGCUAAGUAAAGCUGCCCCUCAUUAUUCAGUAUAUUACUGUAAAAAAUACAAAGUUUUAUUCUCAGCCAAAAGAGCUUAACCUAAUUGUACAACAAGCCUAGGAUGGAAGCUGAAGUAACAGUUGCCUAAAAUAAAAAAAAAAACAAAAAACUAUUUCUUGCUGCCAGUCAGGUCAGUGACAGACUAUCUGCAACAUUUUCACUCCUAGAGCUGGCAAGUGCUGGCCAGUUGGCUGUGGUUAAAGGCAAAUCUAACUUAUUACAGGUAGGAUGUAUUUUCUUUACAUAGACUAUAUGUGUGGACAGGAUUUAAUCUUUUCACCUAUUUAAAAGCCUGCUUUGUUAGUCAUAGCAGGAGAAUCACCAUUUGAAACCACAAGGCAUGCUAACAAUGCUGAACUGACCAAUAAGUAAAGUAUAUUCUGUGCACACAAACAGUCUCCUUAAGAAAAAUACACAGUUCUAAGAAACAGGGUACACUUCUGCUUUACACUGUGAAGUUCGGGAGGCUUACUCCACAUUACAAUGCAAGUGAAGGAUCAUCUGGUAGUAAAUGGGUUUCAUCAUUUGUUUCUUCCUAGGUUAAUUGUUUUGUGGCACCAUCCUAAGCUCAUGUGCAAUAUAAGAAUCGCAAUCCAUGAAAACUUAAAAUAAUUUAUAAGAGAAUAAAUUUCUUAGAUAAUAAGAAA